AGAGGAGAUGAAUAUGUUGUAGCGAAUCUGACAGCUGUAAAGAAAGAUCACUUAGCAGGUUUAAUUGUGCCUAAUUUGACACAUUAAUACUCAUAAUCAUGUCUGACAAACAGAGCAGCCAAAGGAAGCCAUCCACCAACAGGAACAUCAAGAAGCUGCGCACUGUUAGCAUGGUGAGCAGCCUUAUGGGCAGCUGGCAGAAGUGGGUGACGGACAAUGAGAAGAAGCAGGCCAGUGAACCCAGCGGCUGGUGUCCAUAUUCACUGGGAGGACCAGAAGAGGUACCUAGAAAGACAUGGGUCCCAAAGAAGCAUCCUCUCACUCAGAUCCAGCCAACAGAAGCUCCUCAAAAUCAUGAAAUCAGCUCUGGGGAGGCUCAAAAGACAACUCCUCACAAGGAGACCAAAGACACAAUCAAGACUGAGGAGGUCAAGACUUCAGCUGAGCCACCAUCUGGCAUCAAGGUAAAGCAAGUGGUGAAGACGGUUACCAGCGGGGUAACAGAGAAAGGCGCAGGCAUCGCGCUCCUGACAGAGAGGAUCAAGAGGGAGUCUCUGCCAUCAGAUGAGGAGAUUGACAGGCUUCUGAAGAAGAAAAGCUCGCCGACACGUCGCAGAAAAUGCUCCAACAUGGUGUCAUCUCUGACCAAAAGCUGGAAGCAAGUGGAGAAAGAGCACAAAGUUGGGAAAGAGGGAGGUGGACCAGAAAAGGAACGUACCUGUGGGGGUGAUAAAGGUGACAGUGGACAUCCUGAGGCAGAGAAGGAGAGGCUGGACUUGGAAGAUGCUCAAACACACAGGACAAGCUUUUUGAAAGAAGCAGAGCAAGAAGACUCUGAAGAAGAGUCUUACUCAGCAAUACGGAUUAAAAGACCGUCAAUCUCUGCGUACAAAAAGGAAGCUGAGGAUGCCAACAAGAUCAACACCCUCUCCAAGAAAUACAGCGCUGUGGGAAACCUCAAGAGCCGCUGGCAGGACUGGGCCUCAGAGCACACCGUCAGCCAGAAACUGAACCCCUUCAGUGAAUAUUUCGACUAUGAUUACUCCAUGUCCCUCCGCAUCCAAAAGGGUGAGGACGGUUACGGACGCCCCAAAGAGGGAUCCAAAACUGCAGAGAGAGCCAAACGUGCCGAGCAGCACAUCCACCGCGAGAUAGCUGACAUGUGCUACGUUAUCAGGACUAUGGCCGAUCCAGACCCGGAUGGAAAGACACGCAUCACGUUUGGACAGCUGUUUGACAGAUAUGUUCGGAUCUCUGAUAAGGUAGUGGGGAUCCUGAUGAGAGCCAGGAAACACGGGAAGGUGGCGUUUGAAGGGGAGAUGCUGUGGCAAGGCCAGGAUGAUGGAGUGAUCAUUACUCUGCUGGUGUGAUGUUAACACCUGGGUCAGAGUGGCACUGGCAAUCCUCUUACAGGUACUUGUAAAAUAACCUCGGUCAUUAUCAAGCAGGGCUAAGAGGAGGAUUUAAAAUACAGUCUGACCUGGGUCUAUUCAGUGGACGCUUGCAGAACAAUAUCAAAGGAGUGUGGAGACUACAAAGCUUGGCGGAUGAAUUCAUGUGGAUUAUCAAAAGAAUAUUUUGCUGCUAUUUCUGUCGACUCUUUCUGUCAGUGUUGUGGACAUUUUGAGUUGUAGCUGCCACGCACAUAUUUUGAAAAAGACUUUGAAGUUUUAAAUCAGGAGCUCUGGAGAGUUAGCGUUCUAGUUUUUGGGCCG